AUGGGCAAGAAGAAGUCGCGGACGCCGCUUCGGUCGGACGAUCUCGAGGCCACGGCGUCGGAGAGACUGCUCCCAGACCGAAGCUCCGACGCCGAGUCGCGCCGUCUCGAGCGGCACGAGAGUCUCUCGAGCCGUCGCCAACGCACGAAGUCGCGCAAGAUCUGGUGUGCCAUUGUCGCUUUGGUCACGGGUAUUCUCGGGUUCAUUGCGGUUCUCGCCAUUCUGCGCGCGGUGGAGGACGCGGGCCGCCUCGUGCCCUCCAAACGGGUCGUCUUCCCGACCCAAUAUGAAGCCAGCGUUACGUUCAACAUGCCGUACAUGGACAUGGUGGAGCCCUUGUACGUCCACGUGGACGAGGCGAAAGGGCUGCAGAAACUGAGCUACUAUGGCGGCACGGACGUGUACAUUUACAACACGAGCGGACACAGCUACCAGAUCUUCCCAGUCAUCCAUCAACGCAGGUGCAUCAAGUCUGGCCCGGAAUCCCUGCAGCACAUUUGGCCCAAUAUGGAUCGCUUUGAGCCCCAGCACGGCGUGUUCCUCGUUGGAGGACGGCCGUGUCUUAGCUGGAAGUUUGUGACAAAGCUGCGUGAACCGACGCCGGAUGGAUUGAUGGGAGAGUACACGCUCUAUGUCGACCAAGAUACCGAGAAACCUGUGCGGUUCCAUUAUGUGGGGCGCAAUGGGAUGCUAGGUGGCAGCCAUAUUGACGAAUACAGCUUGGACUAUGUCUACGUUCGCGAAGGAGCAGUCGACGAGGACGUAUUCGCGUCGCCGCCAGCGUCAAUGAACUGCACGGAGAUGCCUGGGGACGACAAGAGCCCUGCCCGCAACCCAAAGCAAGAUAUCACUAUGCUCCUACCGGAAGGCAUAGCCAUGAAGAAAGAGGUUUUCGAUAACUUCUCGGUGAUGCACGACAAGUCGUACAACAACACAGCUGAGGCCGUCCAACGCUUGGCGACAUUCCAUCACAACCUCCGCUUCAUCAAUGCCGAGAACCGCAAGGGACUGCCGUAUCAUCUACGGGUGAACCAGUUUGCAGACCUGACUCAUGAAGAGCGGCAGCAGCUUCACCGUCCAUCGCGCGUUAAGCGUGCGAUGAACAACGGCGCUUUGAGCAUGCACAAAAUCUCAAGCAUCGGGGACCCGGGAGACAUUGACUGGCUGAAAAAGGGGGCCGUCACGCCCGUAAAGGAUCAAGGCACCUGCGGAUCUUGCUGGACGUUCGGAACGACCGGGGCACUAGAGGGAGCGUUGUUUGCUCAGCAGAAGAAGCUGUUCAAUAUGUCUCAGCAAAAUCUGCUGGAUUGCUCGUGGGACUAUGGCAACAACGCGUGCGACGGAGGGUUGGACUACCAGGCGUACGAAUGGAUCAUGGCAAACGGCGGGCUCGAAACAACUGCGACAUAUGGAUCGUAUCGCAACGCACCCGACUACUGUCACUUCAACGCGAGCAACGCUAUCGGACGGAUGAAAGGCUUCGUGAACGUAACGAGUGUGGAGGCGCUGAAUGACGCACUGGCUACUGUCGGUCCGUUGUCUGUGUCGAUUGACGCAGCCCUACCGUCCUUCUACUUCUAUGGCGGCGGGUUUUACGACAACACGGAGUGCAAGAGUGACGUGGACAGCCUCGACCACUCGGUGCUUGCUGUGGGUGUGACCACUCACAAUGGCCAGAAGUACACGAUCAUUAAGAACUCGUGGAGCACACACUGGGGCGAAGGCGGCUACAUCAAGAUCUCGCAAAAGGACAAUCUCUGUGGUGUUGCCGCGGCCGCUACGUAUCCCGUGCUUGCCGACUAA